UGUUUUCAGGAUCUAGUGAAAGACUUACGGUCAGAGCUGGGAGGAAAGUUAGAGGAUCUCAUCGUGGCCCUCAUGUAUCCAUCCAUAUUAUAUGAUGCACAUGAACUCCAUAAAGCCAUAAAGGGAGUGGGUACAGAGGACGAAGUUUUAAUCGAGAUCAUGGCAUCCAGGACAUGUGAUGAGAUAAAAGAUAUUGCCAAAGCUUAUAAAAAAGAAUAUGGAAGCAAGCUGGAAAAAGACAUCAUGGGUGAUACGUCAGGACAUUACCAGAGGUUGCUGGUGAUCCUUGCACAGGGAAACAGAGAGGAGGGAGUGGAUGAGAGCAGAGUGGAGAAAGAUGCAAAGGAGCUGUUUGCUGCCGGAGAGGAGAAAUUCGGCACGGACGAGGACAAGUUCAUCAACAUACUCGGCAACAGGAGCGCGGAACACCUGAGAAGAGUGUUUGAUGCCUACAAAAAGAUUGCCGGCUGUGACAUUGAAGAGAGCAUAAAAGAUGAGUGCACUGGGAACCUGGAAGCACUGCUGAUGGCUGUGGUUAAGUGUGCAAAAAGCGUGCCUGCUUAUUUUGCCGAAUCUGUUCGAGAAUCUAUGCGGCGUGCUGGCACUGAUGAUGAGACUCUCAUAAGGAUCAUGGUGUCCAGGAGUGAACGGGAUAUGCUGGACAUCAGAGCGGUAUACAAGAAGAAGUAUGGAGAAUCACUCUACAGCACCAUACAGGAGGACACUGAUGGAGAUUACCAGAAGGCCCUUCUCUACCUGUGUGGUGGUAAUGAUUAAAAAAACAAAUUGCUUAUUAUUUACAUCAGGUUUCUUGUGCACAUUGGUUUAUUUUUUAUUUCAUAUAUUUUAUGUUUUCAUGACUUGAGAAUAAGUAGUUACAGUGUUGGAGAAUAAGAGGGUAUUGUGUAAUGGUUUUGGCGUGAUGUUUGUGGACUGAUUCUUUAACAGAAAUUAAUGGUUUCAGAAAAGUUAAUGAAUUGUUUUUGGUUUAUUGUUUCAAAACUGUGUGAAGACUUGAAAAUAAAAUGUUAUG